CCGGAAGUAUCAAUGUUUGGUGCAGGAACAAGCAAACAUGUCUCCUCGUGUAUGACAUGAGUGUUUUUUUUUGUCAAGGCGACUAUUAGUUCACCUCAAAAUAUUGUUUUUAAUCGAUCUUGUCAAGGAAGUCAACCAGUCACCCAGGAACAUGUCCUCCCAGGAAGAUUGCCCUCCUGAGCAGACCCACAGUGGAGUUGAGCCUCCGAGUGACUCUGUCAUCACCGUCACAAUAGGGGCCACGGUGCCCACCGGGUUCGAACACACUGCUGCAGAGGAAGUCUAUGAGAAGAUUGGCGUGGAGUCCCGCAUUAGCAAAGACCGUGGACGUAUUUACUUUCCUGUAGCUACUGACAAGCUAUUUCAGGUUCAUCUCCUGAGGUCUGUGGACAAUCUGUUUGUGGUGGUGGAGGAAUUUGACAAUUACAAAUUCAAAGAGUCAAAGGAGGACACUUUGAUGGAGUUGCAACAACUUGCCUCCAAACUACCGUGGACCAUCCCCUUGGAGGUGUGGAAACUGAACAGGAUUUUCAAAAAGAGAAAAGGCCACCGUAAAGGAGCGACCGCCACUAAAGUCAAACCCAGCGACGACAACGAGCAGCAGGGACACGCGGAGACGACACCGCCUGCAGCUGAGGACCUAAACAAGGCAGAGGAGACACCGGACGCAGAGACCGCCACGCAGGAGGACUGCGAGGGAGCGGAAGAACCACCAGCACCCGACGCUAAAGUCAUCAAGUUUCGUGUGACGUGCAAUCGUGCUGGCGACAAACACAGCUUCUCUUCCAACGAGGCAGCGAGAGACUUUGGUGGAGCUGUGCAAGAACAUUUCCAGUGGAAAGCAGACAUGACCAAGUUUGACGUUGAGGUCUUAGUGAAUAUCCAUAAUGCCGAGAUGGUGAUCGGCAUCGCACUCACGGAGGAGAGUCUUCACAGAAGGAACAUCAGUCACUUUGGACCCACCACACUGAGGUCCACCUUGUGCUAUGGCAUGCUCAGACUGUGUAAACCUCAGCCGUCAGACGUUAUCCUCGAUCCAAUGUGUGGAACCGGAGCCAUACCUUUAGAGGGGGCGUUAGAAUUUCCUGCUUCCUUUUACAUGGCGGGAGACAACAACGACAUGGCCGUGAACCGCACCGUCAACAACGUGUGCCACAUUCAGAAAAGGAAGGCAGACAAGGGCAGUGCGCCAGGACUUCCCAUCGACACUGUGCGCUGGGAUCUGUGCAGUUUACCCAUGAAGUCCAGCUCUGUUGACAUCAUCAUCACUGACAUGCCCUUUGGGAAGAGGAUGGGCUCCAGGAAGAAGAAUUGGGACCUUUACCCUUCCUGCUUGAGAGAAAUGGCCCGUGUGUGCAGGCCAGGCUCGGGGAAGGCUGUCCUGUUGACGCAAGACAAGAAAUGCUUUUCCAAGGCCCUGUCGAGGAUGGGAGGACUGUGGAGGAAGCAGCACACCGUUUGGGUCAAUGUCGGGGGUUUACACGCCGGUGUGUUCCUGCUACGGCGCACCGCCGCUAUGUUUGGCCAAACUCCUGAAGACGUCUAUGAAACACCGGCGACAGCGGCAGCACGUCCGCAAGGAGACCUCGAUGACGGCGAGCGCUCUUAGAAUACGACUGUACCUCCAAGCCCGACAGUAUAUGUUGCAUUGACAUAAUUUAUAUUUUAUGAGAUGUUUUUGUUUUCAUUGUGUGUGUCCAAAAAAAAAAAAUACCUUCAUGUUCCCGCGGACUUAUACAUAUAAGUACACUUGCACAACUUAAUACAGUAAAGCUCGGAUAUAUCGGAUUCAAUUGUUCCCACUGGUUUUGUCCGAUAUAAGCGAAAUCCGUUAUAUGCGUAUACCGGAAAAUGUCCGUUUUACGCAUAUAUGGGAUUUAUAUCCGGUAUAUGCGUAAAUGGGAUUUUAUCCGUUAUAAAAAGGCACUUCCUUGACUA